AUGGGAAUUCCAAGCAAAGAUAGAAGAGACUACUAUUACUACCAAGCAAAAGCAUUAGGAUACAGAGCUAGAAGUGCAUUCAAGCUGCUGGAUAUAAACGAAGCAUACAGAAUCUUGGAAAGCGCCUCUAAAGUAAUUGAUCUCUGUGCUGCACCGGGGUCUUGGAGUCAAGUACUGGCAAGCCACACAAAGGCUAAAAUUGUUGCUGUUGACAUACAGGAUAUGGCGCCUAUCAAUGGUGUCACUAUUUUAAAGGAAGAUAUUACAUCAGGUGAGUGUUUGAAUAAGAUCUUUGAGGUAUUUGAUGGUGAAAAGGCUGAUUUGAUUGUCUGUGAUGGCGCGCCUGAUGUAACUGGAUUCCACGACCUGGAUGAAUUUUUACAGUUGGAUUUGUUGAAGUCCGCCUUGCAUAUCUGCACAAAGACCUUAAAGACAGGCAGUAAUUUUGUAGGCAAAUGCUUUAGAGGUGCUUAUAGUGGAUACAUUGUACACCACUUUUUGAAAUUUUUUGACAGGGUUGAUCUUGUAAAGCCAAGAGCAAGCAGACACGUGUCUAUAGAGUGUUUUUUGGUAUGUUUCGGGUUCAAAGAUGCAAAUAAUAAUCCAUUUGAAAUUGAUGUCGACUGUGAUCCUGUAAAUGUUAGAGUGGUCACCUGUGGAGAUGGGCCGGAUCCAGAUUUUGCAAACGAGAAGGAGGUAGAGACAAUACAUCCAAUUUCACCACCGAUCAAUCCACCAUAUGAAGAAUUGGUAGAUUUUAGAAAAAGACAUGGCUAG